GUUCGGACAUGAAACCGGAACACAAGUGUUUCAGUGAAAAAGUUUGAGAAAGGUCAGACGUUUGAUUAUCCGCAAUCUCACGCAAUUACUUAGCACUAUAUUUGCGAGUCAGUGCAAUAAUUAUCAGAUAUAUGAACUUCAUGAUGCCCUUGAAAACAAUAGAUUAUCCAAACUUCUAUUGAAUAAAAACGCGCGCACGCUCGAACUCAAGUUCAGUCUCGUCUAUGUACACAAACUAAACGCUACUGGAAGGUUCUGAACUGAACUCAUGAUGAAUAAAUUUAUUGUUCACUAUUAUUAUUGAUAAUUCAGUUGUGAUAUUAAAAAUAAUCAGUACCAUGAAAUAUUUUUUAAAUAGUUGACUGUGAAAAGAGUAUAUUUAUAUUUGAGGUUAAAAUAUGAAAUAUUUGUUUACUUAAAUUGGAUUAUGUGGAUAUGAAUUAAUCAAUAAAUUGAACGUGAGUAAACACAAACUAAACAAUCAAAUGAAGUAAUAAGAAAUGAUUUAUGUACACAUUUGGUUAUAUAGAUUUUUAUAAUUCAAUUUUACAACGAUUUGCAUAAUUAAAAACACAAUGAAAUGUCUAAAAGGACUCCAAAGGCUCUAUUAUCAAAAGAAAACUUAAGGAAAAAAUCAAUGAUGACAGUUCGUCGGAAAACUGAUGUGAUAGAUAGUAGCUUUUUUCCUGAAUUAAGUCCCACGCGAAAAAGCCCUUGGCCUGCUAUUGAAACUGCUUCAUCAAGCACAGAUAUUAAUAGCAGAGCAACUUCGUUCUCAUGGCCGGAAGAAAUAGAAGAAGCAGCCACACGCAAAGUUUUGGACUUGUGGCAUGCAGUUGAAAGAACUUUAUAUAAUGAGAAUGAGCCAGUGCCUGUUGGAGAUGUUGUUGAAGAAUGUAACCAAUGGAAAGCACAAAUUCCUCAUUACAGAAUUGUUGGUAAGAGUAUGACUCUUGAAGCUGAAGAUACUGAAACGGUUACAAAUAAUGAGGAGAAGGAUAAUUUUUCUCCACUUAAAUCAUCUGACGUUCAAUCUUCUGAAGACGUCUUCUUUCAAAAGUCUUCAAAUGAUUCUUCAAAAAAUCAACAUUUACUGCAUGAAAAGCGAGAACAAGUAAUUGAUCGGAUAAUAGAGUAUAUUUAUGGAGAACUAGAGAAAAAUUAUGACGGGAAUGAUUUAUUAAAUAAGAAUUUAGACGAAGUAUUAAAAAUUACACCAGCACCAACGUAUAGUGGACGAAAGAAUGGUAGAGGUACAAUAAUUAAUAAAAGUAACAGUAGAAAAAGUAGUGCCAAUAUGUUUCAAUCGUUCCAAUUGACUGAACGAAUAUGUAAUAGCACUGCUUCAUCGAAAGCACUUAAAUACAAUAAAAACGCUAAUUCCAAUAGUAUUAUUAUUGGUGAUGAUGAUGGCGUUGAUGAUAACAACGUUGAUGAUACAAAUGACGAUGAUGAUAAUGAUGAUGAUGAUGAUGAUGAUAAUGAUGUUGAGGUUAAACUAGAAAGACAUGAAAAAACUCCUCAGCAUGGUAGAAAUAAACUUGGUACGGUUUUUAAUAAGAAAGUUGUUGUUAGUCCUGUACCUUUCGCCGUAUCGACCCGGGAAAGUUUUUGCACUUUACAAACUACACCCAUUCGAUAUGCUGGACAUCUUUUAGAGCUUUCUACACCUCAUGGUUUUGGAAGAAAUAUGAAUUCAGCAUCUAAACUCCAAUCCAAACGUAAAGAAUCACCGUUUCGUACACCACAGAGGCACUCGGCAUGGCAAGCACCUGUUUGUCCCGCGAUUUGGCCAAAAAAUAUCCGUCUUGCUCCUAUCGAUCCGUCUCGACUACCAAGCAGUAAAAAUAGGUCAUCAUUUGCUACACCUGCAAUACCGCAACGUGGACGCAAUUCACUCAGUCCCAUUUCACAUCCAUUGAAAGCGACAAAAGAAUGUUUAAAUGGUGAUGAAUUUUUAGAAAUUCAAGGACAACAAUUAACACGUUCAGCUGAAUUAAAUCGAUUUAAGACUGGAUGGGACCAUGGUUCUAAUACUCAAAAGAGUUUAAAAAAAAUGAGUAAAAGUAAAAUUGAAAGAUAGUCAUUUUUAUAUGCAUAGCAUAAAAAAAAAUUCUAGAUUCAUUGAUGUCAAUCAUGAAAAAAUUAAAUUGUUAUUAUUUUUUCACUUGUUAAAUAAUGCAUCAACUAGUGUGAUUUAAUUGAUGUGUACUUCCACGAAGCACACUCAACUGCAAGAAGAAAAAAAUUAAAUCAGCCACUCAAUAUAUUUUAACACCUCUUUAUUACGUCAGUAUAUUAAUAACAUCGAUAUUGUGUAGUGUUAUUA